AUGCCUGGCCGUCUAAUCCCGAACCUGAUGAGUUCCUUACACUCAUCAGUCACCUCAACUCCCAAUCACUCCAACUCCUCGUCAACCGUUUCCGUCAAUGAGAUCCCCGGACAUUCGAAGAAGCCAGCCCACAAAUCAGAUCGCGCACGAUCCCCAGACCGCCGUCUAUCCUUCACCAUGGACCACUUGAUCCACCCUCUCCGAGACCAUAGCAAAGAGAAGCGCCGCAGCUUGGGACGCGCAGGACGUUCCAAGGAGCGCUCCAGCCAUGAAGUGCACCCACCAGCGGCGAAGUUGGAUGUUCUGAUCGAGUCACCGCCACUGGUCUGCUAUGGGCCACCUGCCAGCUCUACUGGCGCGCUGUUCUCUGGACGCUUGCGCAUUGGAGUCUCGGAGCUGACGGGUGGAGUCAUCUUGAGCCAGUUUGAUGUACGCCUCGUCCACAAGACAACCACCAAGAAGCCUGUCUCCAAUCACUGCUCCAACUGUGCUACUCGCACCGAAGAGUUGACUCAGUGGAACUUCAUCACCGAGGACCUUCACCUCAAUGGCGGGGACCACGAUUUCCCCUUCAGCUACUUGUUCCCCGGCCACCUUCCUGCUUCUUGCAAUGGUGUGCUCGGUCAGAUCGAAUACUUUCUGCUGGCGCAUGCGCGGAGCAUCACCGGAGAGGAAUAUAGCCUCAAGCUGCCUCUGGACAUUAGUCGUUCUCUGCUUCCCGGGCCAGACAAGUCCUCCAUCCGAAUCUUCCCUCCCACCAACCUCACUGGCCGCAUUGUGCUGCCCUCCGUCGUUUACCCUAUUGGAAACUUCCCCGUCGAGAUGACCUUGAGCGGCGUGGUCGACAAGGGCGAAAAGACCCAGACCCGCUGGCGUCUUCGAAAGAUGAUGUGGCGCAUUGAGGAGCAACAAAAAAUUGUGUCCACGGCAUGCCAGAAGCACGCUCACAAGAUCGGCGGCGAAGGCAAAGGUGUUUUACAUCAGGAGACUCGCGUCAUUGGACACAACGAGGAGAAGACCGGCUGGAAGACCGACUUUGAUACCGCUGGUGGCGAGAUCACCAUGCAGUUCGAUGCGAACAUCAACCCGGCUGCCAAUGCUGUCUGCGACAUGGAUGCCCCUGGCAGUCUGGAAGUCAAGCACAACCUCGUCAUCGAGCUUAUCGUGGCCGAGGAGUUUUGCCCCAAUGGCAACACCCGCCUCAUUACUCCAACUGGUGCCGCGCGUGUGCUCCGCAUGCAGUUCCACCUCCACGUCACCCAGCGUGGUGGUCUUGGCAUUAGCUGGGACGAGGAGAUGCCUCCAAUCUAUGAGGAUGUUCCCGCCAGCCCUCCCAGUUAUACCAAGCCCGAUGGCACCCACAGCUUCAUUGAGGACUACAACGGUUCUCCGCUCCCUGACUACGAAAACCUGGAGCGCAUAGAUUCCUUGCGAUUGGACAGCAGUUCUACUCGUUCUUCCACCAUCUCCUCCAAUCGAUCUACACAUGGCCGGUUGCCGCGCUUUACCACUGACGAUCUCGUCACUGGGCAAUCGCCUGCUGCCUCGCCUAUUCCCUCGCGCGCUCCUUCUCGCGCCGCUUCGACUGACUCCCGCCAAUAA